AUGAAUGAAGAGAAAUCCAAGAGGACACACAAUGAAACCGAGAGCAACACACCAAAAAGGCUGAAAUCGGUUAAUAGCAGAGCUUUCGGUCGAACAAAGGAGGACUUGAGAGACUACCUCCAAAAGAAGUGGCUCAAUGCCGAGGUCACAUCCCCUAUCAAGCCAAGGACAUCGUUCUCAGUAAAGUUAGAUACGUUCGAGGCCUCAAAGAGGUUCCAUAUGCCGAGGUUCCAAAUUUAUGACGGUAAGUCUGAUCCGAACUUUCAUGUCAACUUAUAUUUAAAUUCAAUUGCUUUGUAUAGUGGGAAUGGCCAGUUGUUGUGCAAGGUGGUCCUCUCAUCUUUUGGGAAGAUCGCAUCGGAUUGGUUCCACAACUUGCUGAAAGGAACUGUGAAGAGUUGGGAAGGCCUAACCGAGAUAUUCAAGACUAGGUUUGUUACAAACAAGUUGCAACCAUUGAGAGUAGACUCCCUGCUGGCUCUUAAUAUUAGCGAUGGUGAAAGUCUCAGGGCUUAUGUCAAGAGAUACUAUGAGGUGUUCAAUCGAAUUCCGGCAUGCAACCAGGAGCUGGCAAUCGUGUCUUUCAAGAACGGCCUGGAUGAUGAAUGUCCACUUCGGAAAUCACUUGCAAAAACUCUACCAAGAAGUAAAGAGGAGCUCAUGGCACGAAUUGAGAAGUAUGCCAAAGUAGAAGAGGACACGCAAGUAAUAAAAACACCAAAGCAAGAGAAGAAAAACAGCUCACCGAAGCGAGGCCGAGGUAAUUCUGGUGUGAACAGGCAGAAGACAGGGUUGAGAUGUGCACAAGCAGUCACCACUGUAUUCAGGAUCCCGAUUUACAAAGUUUUGGAAAGGAUCAGGAACCAGCCAUAUUACAGAGCGCCGGAGAAGAACCCGAUCGAGUUCAUGAGAAUGAGCAUUGGGAAGCACUGUGCUUAUCAUAAUGAAGAUGGGCACAUAACUCAAGGGUCCAGGGCUCUGAAAUCACACUUGGAGGAUUUGGUUAGAUAG